AUGCGGCAUUCUUCUUACAUCUCUUUUCUGAUAUUCUUCUUGGAUAACUUCUUGUGGCAUUCUUCUUAUAUCUUCUUGGAUAACUUCUUGCUGAUCUUUCUUCUAGAUAACUUCUUGUGGCAUUCUUCUUACAUCUUCUUUUUCUUGAUAUUCUUCUUGGAUAACUUCUUCAUUCUUCUUACAUCUCCUUUUGUGAUAUUCUUCUUGGAUAACUUCUUGCGGCAUUCUUCUUACAUCUCUUCUUCUUCUUCUUGGAUGUCUAGGAUAACUUGUUUUCUGAUAUUCUUUCUUGAUAUCUUCUUUUGCGGAUUGAUAACUUCAUGCGGCAUUCUUCUUACAUCUCUUCUUCUGAUAUUCUUCUUGGAUAACUUCUUGUGGCAUUCUUCUUACAUCUCCUUUUCGAUAUUCUUCUUUGAUACCUUUCUUGCGGCAUUUUAUUCUUCUUACAUCUCUCCUUUUCUGAUAUUCUUCUUGGAUAACUUCUUGUGGCAUUCUUCUUACAUCUCCUUUUCUGAUAUUCUUUCUUGGAUAACUCCCUUUUCUGAUAUUCAUUCUUCUUACAUCUCUUCUUCUGAUUUCUUAACUUCUUGGAUAAUCUCCUCUUAA